CCUGGGGGAAGGAGGUGUCCAUGGGAUUGACCCCAGGAACCGCAGCAGCUGGGCCCUGAACAGCGGAUCCCAGGGAACAUGGCUGAGGCACAACAGGCCUCUAGCUUGCUGUCUGCACUGAGCUCUGAUGGGGCAGAAGUAGAGCUCACCUCCCCGGUGUGGCAGGAGAUUUACCUCUCAGGCCUGCGCUCCUGGAAAAGGCAUCUCUGGCGUGUCUGGAACGACUUUCUCACUGGUGUGCUCCCUGCAAGCCCCCUCAGUUGGCUCUUCCUCUUCAGUGCAAUCCAGCUUGCUUGGUUCCUCCAGCUGGAUCCUUCCCUAGGACUGAUGGAGAAGAUUAAAGAGUUGCUUCCAGACUGGGGUGGACAGCACUAUCAGCUCCGGGGGCUUCUGGCAGCAGCGCUGUUUGCCUCGUGUCUGUGGGGAGCCCUAAUCUUCACACUUCAUGUGGCUCUGAGGCUGCUUCUGUCCCACCAUGGCUGGCUCCUGGAACCUCAUGGCACCAUGUCCUCACCCACGAAGACCUGGCUGGCACUGGUCCGAAUCUUCUCCGGGAGGCACCCAAGGCUGUUUAGCUUCCAACGGGCCCUCCCGCGGCAGCCAGUGCCCACAGCGCAGGAGUCCGUUCGCAAGUACCUGGAGUCGGUACGCCCGGUGCUUGGAGACGACGCUUUUGACCGCGCUGCUGCUCUGGCAAGCGACUUCCUGAGGCUGCAGGCACCACGGCUGCAGCGCUAUCUGUGCCUCAAGUCCUGGUGUGCUUCCAACUACGUGAGUGACUGGUGGGAGGAGUUUGUGUACCUGCGCUCCCGAGGCUCGCUGUUGGUCAACAGCAACUAUUACUUGAUGGAUUUCCUGUAUGUCACGCCCACACCGCUGCAGGCUGCCCGCGCAGGCAAUGCCACCCAUGCCCUGCUCCUGUACCGCCACCUUCUGAACCAGCAGGAGAUCCCACCGACACUGCUGAUGGGAAUGCGGCCCUUGUGUUCUGCCCAGUUCGAGAGGAUAUUCAAUACCACACGGGUGCCAGGGCUGGAAAAAGACUACCUCAGGCACGUCCGGGACAGCCGACAUGUGGUUGUCUUCCACCGCGGCCGAUUCUUCCGUGUCGGGACCCACUUUUCCAAUGACCUGUUGUCCCCACGGGCUCUAGAGCAACAGUUCCAGCAAAUCCUAGAUGACUCAUCCCCGGCUUGUCCCCUUGAGGAACAUCUAGCAGCUCUGACCGCUGCUCCCAGGAGUAUGUGGGCCCAGGCUCGAGAGUCAGUGAAGACUCAUGCCGCCACUGCCCUGGAGGCCGUGGAAGGGGCCGCCUUCUUCGUGUCCCUUGAUUCUGAGCCUGCGGGACUGACCAAGGAGGAUCCAGCAGCUUCCCUGGAUGCCUACGCCCAUGCUCUGCUGGCCGGCCGAGGCGAUGACCGCUGGUUUGACAAAUCCUUCACCCUCAUCGUCUUCUCCAAUGGGAAGCUGGGCCUCAGCGUGGAACACUCCUGGGCUGACUGCCCUGUCUCAGGACAUAUGUGGGAGUUUACCCUGGCCACAGAUUGCUUCCAGUUGGGGUAUGCGGCAGAUGGCCACUGUAAGGGGCAGCCUGACCCCGCUCUGCGGCAGCCCCAGCGCCUGCAGUGGGACCUUCCAGAGCAGAUCCAGCCGUCCAUCUCUCUGGCCCUGAGGGGAGCUAAGAUCUUAUCUGGCAACAUUGACUGCCACGUCUUCCCCUUUCCCCACUUUGGCAAGAACUUCAUCAAAAGUUGCCAUGUCUCUUCGGACAGUUUCAUCCAACUGGUCCUGCAGCUGGCUCACUUCCGGGGGUCAGUUCUGCCUGACCUACGAGUCGGCCAUGACCCGACUGUUCCUGGAAGGCAGAACAGAGACGGUGAGGUGCUGUACCAGGGAGGCCUGCCACUUUGUGAGAGCGAUGGAAGACCAGGAGACGACAGACCAGCAGCGCCUUGUCCUGUUCCGGGUGGCCGUGGACAAGCACCGGGCUCUACUGAAAGCAGCAAUGAGCGGACAGGGGACUGACCGCCACCUCUUCGCGCUCUACAUCAUGUCCCGAUUCCUCCAUAUGCCGUCGCCCUUCCUGAC